AUGCGCACCCGCUCCCAGCCCAAGUCGCCCAACGGCCUCCAACAGCUGGAGGAUCCUGAGCCUCGACGUCGUCGAGCCACGCGCAGUGUAUCUGCGCAGCCUCAGGAGAUCCAGACCACCCAGCGUAAACCUGCACAGGUGCGCAAGACGCGGGCGAAGAGCACCCGCGGGAAGAAGAAGGGGACUGCCCGUGCCACUUCGACCUCCCCCGACCCUCAGCAGGAGGCCGAUGACGAUAUCACAUCUGGUGCCGACAACGCGCUUGACACACAAAAGGUUGAGUUGCCCCAAGGAGGAAACAUUCCUUAUGCAACCACCAUUAGUGGGCCUGCAAUUGCGGAGAUCCUCAAGGACCAUGAAAUGCAGCUGCACCCUGAGCUUCUGGUUUAUCCCCUGGCUCAGGAGCAGUCUGAUGCCCCAUACCAUGGCUUGAUUGAUGGACCCAGAGCUAAUUUGCCUACUACUGAACAGAGCGCAGACCGUGAGAUGCAGGACACGGAUAUUACAGUGCCUGUAACACCUUCUAUCGAGAUCCCUGCCACUGUCCUCCCCUCUGUCGAGACUAGCGAGUUUGAAUCGAUGACCCCUACUGCCCGUACUGGAGCCUGUGAGUUGUCCGGUCCCUCCGAAUCUUUGCCAACUCUGUUUCCUGCGCGCCCCCUUUCUUUCUGCUCCGAUUUUUCUUCCACAUUCGUGUCUGCGGACUUUCUCUCCACUACUCCUGUCCCAAACGAGGAUCUCCAGAGCCCGCCGCGUAGCUGGUGGAUCUCCCGGCUCAGAAACCUCUCUCCAUUUUGGAAUCGCAGUCUUGUGGUUCCCAAUGCUACUGCCACUUUUCUUGCGGCACCAAUCCCUGCAAAACCCCUUGGCGCCUUUUCCACUUUAGCCGACCCCAUUACCAAGUUCUAUCAGAGAUGGACCCCGGACCUGUCCAUUCUUGGUCUCGAAAUCGGCCCUUCGAACUCAGCCCUGGAUGGCAUUGAGCUGAUGAUUCUACGCUUAGUGCGCACUUCCCGAACUGCACCCACCUCUCGCCGCCGUCUCCCUGCUGCCUCCUCAGCUGGGCGUUCUCCUUCAUCUACCGAACGACCUCGCGUUUUGGGAUCUCAAAAUGCCACACCCAUCCACCGCUCCCGUACCUCAUAUGCAGAUAGGUCUACAUCUCGCCGUACCCAAGAUCGUGGUAGCUUCGGUCGUACUUUGUAUCGUCUUCCGGAACUUCUGUCUUUCCGCAGCAACUCGGACUCCCUGAGCGACACGAAUGUUGGACAAUCUCCUCCCCCCGAGGGGCCCCAGGUUGGUGAAGCUCAGCAGAUAGCACCAAAAACUCCUACUCCUAAAACACCAGAGCGAGCCGCUCCUGAAACCCCUGUGAUCCCAAUGACUGCCCCUGCUGCUAGCUCUGAAGCUUCUCCUGGCUGGAGCAAGUGGAUUUUCAACAGUGUUUCUCGAAAAUGGACCAAUAUCAGAGAUCGAUUUGGAAACCAUUCGGAGAAUGAAACUACACCAGCUGCUACAUCUACUUCGGACACUCAGCCCAAGGCUAUUGAAUCAACUGAUUCCGCUGCCACACCGAGAGCGGGCAUGCAAUCUCGCUCAGUCCCUCGCUCACGAUACUUCCGUUCGCACUCUUUCGUGGACUGCCAUACACUGGUCACAGAAGAACCCUCUUCUGGCGGAUUCACCUCUACGUCUGCAGCAGAUGCGCGUGCACGUAAACGGGAGCAACACAGACAGGUAGAGGCCCGGCGAACCGUUCGUCUUAGUGCUCGUGCAGCAGAGUCUCACGCUCGAAACCUUGCAGCUGCCGAGGCCAAAGCUGCAGCUGCGGCCGCAGCGAUAGCAGAAGCUGCAGCCGCCGAGCGUGAGCGUGAAAGCUCUUGCCCUCGCUCCGAAUCUGGAUUUGAUCCAGAGCUCCUUGCGAAGUGUUUUCGGAGAUCUUCAGGCGUGCAAGCCUCUACUUCAAGUACCCAAAUCUCUCAAACAACGCCCAACCGACUGGGUUCCAAUCCCGUGUCGAAUGCAUCCCCAUCUGGCUCACCUCGUCCAAAAAAGCAGAACCGUGGUUAUGGUCUGACUGACGAGGAAUGCAUUUUCGAUUCCGACGAUUUCGCUCCUGGUGUAUGGGAGCAAAUGCUUGAAGAAGGCCGAAGACUUAAGAGGGCGUAUGACGAACAAGAUGCGACUGAAAGCACGACUGGAGAGGUUGAGCUCCCCCCAACUAAGAAACAGCGUGUUGAUGACAACAAGAAGCAGCGUCGGUCCAACCGGUGGAAAGCGCCCGUUAAUCCCAUCGACAGGGUCCCCCCUGCCCUUCGUCCUGAGUUCGUUCCCAAUAGCCGGCAAACCCUCCAGGCCCCGGACCUAUCUCCCCUCGAAUCAAGUCGACUGAUGACUGACCCGGCCGCAAUUGACAGUGACGAGGUUUCCGAGAUGAAUCAAGACCCCGCAACUCAAAACCCACCCCUUCAAGCCUCUGGUGUCCCUACCUCCCAGUCUCCGAGUUCCCAAAACUCAGCCACCCAGACCCAAAAGCCUGCUCGUCAUCGCGAUGGUAUGUACAUGAAUGGCUCCACUUUCGUUCCCAAGCGUUUUCUGUCCUUCAUGCGAAGUGAAAACCCCAAUGCAAUUUUCACCACCCAACCCCAUCCUCAUUAUUCUGCCCCCGUUCCUGCGACCACUUCGGAUGCUGCGAAUGCCAGCCAUGUCGAUAUGCGCCAGAGCUCUGGCUUUGUUCCAAAUGUCCAUGGUACAUUUCAGACUCCAUACUCCUCGGACAGUCUGGACUCGACAAACUCGGGCGAUAUCGAUAUGCAGCAGGACGUCAAGUUUGCUCCAAGUGUCCAUGAUGCGUUCCAGACCUCUUCGUCUUUUUCACCUCUUUCAUCACAUUCUUCAAUCCAUCCCCGGGAAAAGCCCAUUAGAGAAAUUUCAACCGAAGAGACUCGUUAUCUCGCGGUUCAGUUGGAACAUGCUAAUUCGAAUAUUUUUCAAGUCAUCGAUUCGCCUCCAACCCCUGCCGCCGCCGUUGAUGCUGAUGAUGAUACCAUCCAAGAUCCUUCUCCAUUGACCCGUGCUCGCAACAAAGCUGAACAAUUCAAGCCGAAAACCCCAAGUCGCUUACGAGAAAACACUCGCUUUUCAACCAACAGCAAUUCCUCGACGCCGUCAGGAGUGGCUUCAGGAACCUCCCCUUACAUCUCUGAUGGUAUGUCCAUCGAUGGAACGUCUUUUAUCAAGAGUCAAGCCACAAGCUUGGCCAAGCCUCAGCCUACAACCCUAUUCACCGAGACUACAACUCCGCCUAUGAGCCCGGCAGCGAAUCAGAUCACGGAUCAGAUCUCCAAUGAAUCUUCCGAUGAUGAGUACGAUGAUGUGUCAAUUGAUCAGACAACAAACGAAGUCCAGUGGCCAAAAAAGCAUGGCUUGAUUGAAACGCUGGACAUUAAGCCUCUACCUGCUGGACUCAAAGCCAAAGCGACUGUUGAUUGGGAUGCCAUAUUCGAGGCCUACAAGGCAAGUGAGGACGAUUUUGAUUUACAAGAGUGGUUGUGA